AUGCCUCUCGGUAAGAAGAAUCAGUGCCCCGAGCCUAAACAAAGCCUCCAGGCCCAAACAGAGGCUCCAAGCCUCGGGGCUGCACAGGUUCCUCUAACUGAGGAGGGAGCUGCUUUCCCCUCUCUUUCUGCUUUGAUUCAGAGCAUCACAGAGGCUGUGCUUGCUGCUGGAAUAUCAAGUGUUCCCCAGAAUUCCCAGAGAGCCUGCCCCUCCUCCACUGCCAUCAAAGCCACUCCAUCGAGCAAAUCAACUGAGGCCUCCAGCAGCCGAGAGGAGGGUCCGACCACUUUGCAGCCUCCACCAAAUCCUGAGUCCUUGUCCACUGAAGUGCUACAGAGUAAGAUGACUGAAUUGGUGCGCUUCCUGAGUAACAAAUAUGUAACAAAGGAGCCCAUCACAAAGGCAGAAAUGCUAGCGAGUGUCAUGAGAGAGCACAAGGAUCACUUCCCUGAGGUCUUCAAGAGAGCCUGUGAUUGCAUGGAGACUGUCUUUGGCCUUGAAGUGAAGGAAGUGGACCCCCCCAGCCAUUCCUACGAGCUCGUCAAAUUACUAGACCUCACCUACGACGGGAUGCUGAGUGAUGACCAGGGCAUGCCCAAGACUGGCCUCCUGGUAUUUAUCUUGUGCAUAAUCUUCGUGCACGGAAACAGUGCCCCAGAAGAGGUAAUCUGGGAAAUGCUGAGUACGAUUGGGGUGCAUGCUGGGAAGAAUGAUUUCAUCUACGGGGAGCCCAGGAAGCUCAUCACUGAAGAUCUCGUGCAGGAAAAGUACUUGGAAUGCCGGCAGGUGCCCGGGAGUGAUCCUCCGCGCUAUGAGUUCCUGUGGGGUCCAAGAGCCCGUGCUGAAACCACCAAGAUGAAAGUCCUGGAAUUUCUCGCCAGGGCCACUGGGACUGAGCCCACUGCUCUCGAAGACUGUUAUGAGGAUGCACUGAAAGAUGAGAGAGAGAGAGCUGAGGCCGAAGCUGCCCCCGGUGGUGGUCAGUGA